CCAUGUUUUGAGUUGAUUUUCGGAGCUGAUUAUCCUGAUAUUAAAGCGAAUCGUAGGUUUUGUGAGGAUCGUUUGAAAACUCGCGCCAUUGCGUUCAGUCACCUGACAGUUGCUGCUGCUGGGUAGUUCUUCUGCGGAUCACGGGAUAUCUCUCUUAACAGCGGAUACGCUGUGGGUGUAAAGCAAAUAGCGCACAAACAGCGAAGAUCCGGGUUUACCAGAUUUCAUUUGGUGUGAAUUUUUAUUCUGAGUGCAUAAAGCUUAAAACCAGCUUCAGCCAUGGCGCAGACCGACACCUAUGUUCAAAAGCAGAUCCAGCAAAUGAUGGCCUUCAUAGAACAGGAAGCUAGUGAAAAGGCUGACGAGAUAGAUUCUAAGGCUGAGGAAGAGUUUAACCUUCAGAAAGGACAACUUGUGUUCGAAGCACGCCAGAAGAUCAACGAAGAAUUCGAGAAGCGUGAAAAGCAAAUCGAGUUGCAGCGCAAGAUUCAAAGCUCGAAGAUGCUAAACGCCGCGCGUAUCCAAGUGCUGAAAUGUAAAGAAGAUCACAUCAAGACCGUUUUGGAGGAGACUCGUCAACAGUUAGGAGCAAUCACAGAGAAGCCUGAUCAAUACCGUGUCCUCCUCGAAAAGCUUUUGCUUCAGGGCCUCCUACAGCUCAUCGAAGAUAGCGUCGUUGUUCGUUGUCGCCAAAAUGACCAAGCACUCCUUACACAAAUUAAAGAAGACGUUUUGCAGCAAUAUCAACAGAAAACUGGUAGAACUUGUAAUAUGGUUAUUGACGGAAAGACCUUCCUGCACAAUCGAUGCGGAGGUGGCGUUGAACUGUACGCUCGUAAUGGAAAAAUUAUGGUGGCCAAUACUCUCGAGAAGCGUCUCGAAAAUGUAUCCUCUCAGAUGAUGCCACAGAUCCGUAAUCAGCUAUUUGGAAUCAAUCCAAAUCGCAAGUUUUUUGACUAAACCGCAAACAACUAUUCGUUCCGUUCACACGCUUUCACAUGUCGUAGACGAUUCUCCCAUGAUGACAUUUUCAUCCACAGGAUGAGGCCUUCAACUGCCAUCAAUCUUGAACUCAACAGAACAUUUUGAAGGACAUUAAAUUUGUUGGGAGUGAAAAAAACAUGUACUCUAGUUUCUACUAAAUUCUCUGGAUUCAUGCUAGGUAUGCGAUUAGAAUGUGGGCGGUGGCUAUAUAAAAAAAAAACACAUAGCAGUGCCUGUUUCAGUAAUUGAUAUUUCAUGCGGCGAUGCUCAAAGAUUAUCAGAUCUGAAUUGCACAGUAAAAGCCUAAAAUAUUUGUUUCAUGAGAUCUACGAACAUAUGUUCAAUGUAUAUUAACGGGCCUAUUAUAACAUGCUUGGUUACGAUAUACUGUAUGAAAUUAUUUAGAUGACGGACUUUUGAAAAGUACCACAGUCCACUACAAACGUGGAAAUCGUACGAGUCUACUAGGGAGAAUCCAAGAUAAAUCCAAGAAAUGUUUAAUCCAUUUUAUACUAGUGAUGAUAUAUUUACAGUGGUUAAUUGAAAUUGAAUUCCGCGCCUAGGAUUUCCAUAGCAUGUGUAGUAGAACGGAAAAGCUUGAAAAAGGCAAAGAAUCCUAAUUUAUUAAUCCGAUAUUGAUAACAUAACUUCUCCUCACAUACAGAUGCCAAUAUGUACCUGGAAUUAUUUAAUUAGUAACUGUGCGAUAAUAGUUUUGUAUCUCUAUUGCGUCGAAUGAAUGGUAUUGUCAUAUGAUAUGUUGUUAUUAAGUAUUAUAUUUAUGAAUAAAUUUAAUGUGUAACCGUA